AUGAUGAUGUUAAGAAGUUACCGUUUCUUAAUUUUUGCGUUCGCAGCUAUCAUGCUGCUUGUGCUAAUUAGGACUUCCUCUUCUGUGCCUUCACUUUCUGAUAUUGCAAGGCCCUCGUCUCCCACUGCUCAAAGGCCUGAAGUUCCUGAAGAUUUCAGCAUUAUGCCCGUCAAUGAAGAGCCAGGGUAUGUAUCUAACACCAAGACUGAAGAGUCUAAUCCAGAAGUGGCUGGCGAGGUCAAAAAUCAAACGGAAAACAACGGUUCGACACAAAGUAAAGAUGACAAUUCAGAUGCAUCUUUAAGUGAGACCAAAUGUAACAAGGAUCAUCAGUUUGUCCUCAUGAUUGAUGCAGGAUCAUCCGGGUCACGUAUUCAUAUUUAUGAAUUUGAUGUUUGCUCUCAACCACCAACAUUAAUUGACGAAACUUUUGAUGCGUUGAAGCCAGGUCUAUCUUCUUUUGAUACAGACGCCAUCGGGGCUGCUAAAUCCUUGGAUCCGUUACUGAAGCGUGCAAUGGAAGUCAUUCCAAAAGAUAGGAGAAGUUGUUCUCCUGUUGCCGUCAAGGCAACUGCUGGAUUAAGAAACCUUGGAGAUUUGAAAUCGAACAAGAUACUUGAUGCAGUUAAUCAACGUCUGCAAGAUGAGUAUCCCUUCCCAAUAGUUGAAAAAGACGGUGUUACUGUCAUGGGCGGUGAUGAGGAAGGUGUAUACGCUUGGAUCACCGCUAACUAUCUUCUGGGAAAUAUUGGUGCGGGCUCCAAAUUGCCAACGACUGGUGUUUUUGAUUUGGGCGGUGGCUCGACUCAAAUUGUCUUUGAACCAACUUUCCCACCACAUGAAAAAAUGGUUGAAGGUGAACACAAGUAUACACUAACAUUUGGUGGUCAAACUUAUACCCUCUACCAAUUUUCCCAUCUAAACUAUGGUCUGAACGAAGGCAGAAAUAAGAUAAAUGCCCUAUUGGUGCAAACUGCCAUCGAUGAUGGAAUAAUUAAAGUCGACGAUAAAAAGGUCACGCAUGAAUUGAGCUCGCCCUGUUUGUCUCCAGGUGUAACGGCAAGCAAGCAAAAGGUGAGGCUACCUAACGGUGAUACCUACAUAAUUGAUUUUGUUGGACCAAAACAACCAGCUGGUCCUCAAUGUAGAUAUUUGGCUGACCAGAUUCUGAAUAAGGAUGCUGAAUGUACCCAAUCCCCAUGUUCCUUUAAUGGUGUUCACCAACCUUCAUUGGUGAGAACAUUCAAAGAAACCAACGAUUUAUACGUAUUCUCAUAUUUCUAUGAUAGAACACAACCACUGGGUUUGCCCCUAUCAUUCAAAUUAGAUGAGCUGUUGGAUCUUUCGACAAAGGUUUGUAAUGGUGAAGAUGUUUGGAAAAGUGUAUUCAGUGGCAUUAAGGGAUCUGUUGCAGCUUUGAAGGAAGAUCCAAACUGGUGUGCCGAUCUAUCGUUUGAGGUUGCGUUAUUGCACACCGGUUACGACAUUCCAUUACACAGAGAGUUGAAAACUGCUGAGACUAUCAGUGGCCGUGAAUUAGGAUGGUGUCUUGGAGCUUCUUUACCGCUACUUGCUGGUGAUAACUGGUCUUGUAACGUUGACAAGCUAGAGUAA